AGUCAAACAAUUCAAAAGAUUGAAUAUUGUCAUAAGUCAUACAUUCAAUCAUGUUGAAGUACAUCCUGUUGUUGUGCGGAGUAGUAGUUUGCAGUGGAUGGUCGAGUGAUUAUUACACUCCUAGUGAGGAAGUUGGCAGGAAACUAUCGCAGUAUAAUUCGGAAGUUGAUCAAAGAUUUCCGUUUGAGUACGGUUUGGGACAUUACUAUCAGGGUGACAUAAUGCUGGUGCCUCCCAAGGAUGAGAAAGUUUCAAUUCCUGACACCUGGACCACCUAUAUAUGGCCUGGCGGAGUGAUACCUUAUGAAAUAACAGGAAAUUUUUCCAAACAGGAACUCAAUACGAUUCACUCUGCCAUGAGCAUGUUCAGAAGGUAUACUUGCGUUCGUUUCGUUCCAAAAACGAAUGAUCAUGAACUGUAUGUGACCAUUAUGAACAACAAUACAGGGUGUUUUUCGUACAUCGGUCGACAGAUUGACAACGCUUAUAAUCUUAUAAAUCUGCAAACUCCUCAAUGCUUGGCGGCUGUCGGUACUCCAGUUCAUGAGAUGAUGCAUGCUGCCGGUUUCUACCAUGAGUUUAUUCGACCGGACCGCGAUGAUUAUAUCUGGAUCAAUCGAAGUGCAUUGCUACCGGAAUUGCAAGAAGAAGAAAUUUUUAAUGAAAACUUUGGAAAACUACAACCAGAGGAUGCCCAAACCUAUAACAUACCAUACAACUAUGGAAGUGUUAUGCAUUACUCACGAUAUGCGGGAGCACAAAGCAACGAUUAUCCGGUUUUGAUAAAUAAGAGACCCUGGUCAGGCGAUUUUGGGAAUGAAAGGGGGUUUGCUGCGUCCAAUGUAAUGGAGAUCAAUUAUAGAUACAGGUGUGCCAAUACCAAUCGAAUCCCACUACCGUCAUGGUCAGGAAAUGUACUCGAACCCUGAGCCUUUUCUUGUGUUUUAAUUUGAAUGAUUUUAACUUAUGUAUUUCUUUCUUAC